AUGGCCUUCCCAAAUACAACCCUCACAGUCACCCACAUCACAACGGCAACUGCCAUCCUGAAUAUCGACGGAAUCAACUUCCUAACCGAUCCUUAUUUCGGUACUGAGGGCUCUCAUGUCUCAGAGAUAGACUGGCAGAAAGCCCGCUUACAGGAAGACUUUGGCCUGGACGCCAUUCCGCCACCGGUUUCUCUUGUCAACACCAAUGGCCCAGCACUUCAGCUUCACGACCUACCGCCAAUUGAUGCGGUGCUCCUCAGCCACGAAGACCAUCUCGACAAUCUCGACCCAGAAGGUCGCAAGCUACUGGAUGGACGGAAGGUGUUUACCACCAUGGACGGAGCCUCUAACUUGCGUCCUCGCCCUGGAGUAGUCGGUCUUCGCCCCUGGCAAACUGUGACGGCCAACAUUGGAGGAAAGAGUUUUCGAAUCACCGGAACUCCCUGCAAACAUUUCCCAAUUGGUGAGGUAACCGGCUUCAUUCUGGAGACCGACUCUUUUGGCGUCGAUGUUGCAACAGGGAAGCCAAAUGCGAUUUACUUUUCCGGUGACACGGUGUAUAUCGACGAGCUGAAAGAGAUCGGAAACAAGUGGCAUGUAAUGGCCGCUGUUCUCAAUCUGGGAAAUGCAACCUUCCACUUCCCUAUUGGCCCCAUCCAGAUUACGAUGGAUGGUAAACAGGCUGCUCAGUUUGUCCGUGACAUCGGUGCUGAGAUUAUGGUUCCAAUGCAUUUUGAGUCAUGGGGACAUUUUACUGAGGACAGAGAGGACUUGGUUAAGGUUUUCGAAGAAGAAAGGAUUAUGGAUAAAGUAUGUUGGACGACUCCUGGUGUGUCUAAGACUGUUUAUUAG